AGUUUCCUCUCGUUGUUCGCGCGUGCAGCAAAAAUAUUUUGCGUAAUCGCUGCGUGGCUCUCAGUGGACGUACAGUGGAAACGACGAAGAACAGGACUGGAAAUCGGCAUUUUCGCUUCAGAAUUAUCCGGAAAAAAAAUAAUCAUUUUAUGAUAACACCCGCGUCUCUUCUAUCGUGAUUCUGGUGGACUCGAUCGUGGAAUGCGAGGGCAGCGACAUUAUCAUCGAGGGCAUCGUGAAAGCUAAGGACUCGGUUUGAUCAUAGCUAGGAAACGCUAAGGAAUAACUGCUGAUUAAUAGUGAAAAGGCAUAGUCGUACGUGACAAUAUGGAGGAAAGGCGAGUCGCGUGACGCAAGGACGCUGAAAGACGCGUUCUCGUGCUACUGUUUGAGAAAGGAGCUUUGUGGAAUUUCUAAAAGGUGGAUUUUACGAAAGGAUUUUCGGUCGGUUGGGAACUAUGCAACGUACGAGAGACGAACGAGGAUUCGAUAUGCGGCUCAAGGAGGCUGUCGUCUCGAUACCGUUGCAUCCUGGAGGAUUGAACAACAAUCAGUUACGUAGGAGCGACCAGAUCCAGCCGAUUGUCGAGGAGAUCGGAAAUCGUAACGGAACUUCGUCGACGACCGUAGAUACGGUCGCCAGGAGCCAAAUCAACACCGAAUUCGUUGUGGAAGUUGCGCAGGAUUUUCGCGUCGCCGAAGACACGACCACGUGGUCCUCGUUUGCCAUCACCCGCGAAAACGUGCAAACCAAUAGCUCGAACAACGAGACCAGCAACUUGAACAACAACCUGACAAUUCCGAGAAUCUGUAGAAACAGUUCCGUGGAGAGUUUGGCGGACUACGAAGGGCGUAACUCCUCUCACGAAGACUCGUCCCACGAGUUGACACCGUCCGAGUGGUCUGACUGGUCCGAGGAGGGAAAUUUGCCUUCAGGUUGUCGCGGUAUCGUCAACCCUAACUAUCCUGGCUUUCAACACCUGGCGCCUUCUCUUCUAUCGGACACAGAUCUGACAGAGGAUGAACACGAGAGCUGUCCCGAUUAUACAAGGUUGAACGACAUCGACACCAGACCAGCUGAGAACGACAACGAGUACAACAACAACGUUGAAGACAGCAUCAAUCAUUUGUGCGGUCAAAGGAAUGAGAGGAAGAUUUUUUAUGAGAAACCUAAGUUUAAUAUACAGACUGUAACAUCUUUGUACGAGUCGGUGGUGCCGCCAUCGGAGAAAUGUAUAAACUACGUGAAAAGCGUUGAAGACUCUAGAACGGAAGAAAAGAUCCUCACGCCGAAAUCGGAUAUCGUGAACAGCGUGGUUGAGGCGGAGACGCAUUUGACGGUGUUAGAACCGGAGGAGGCGCUUGCUAACACAGUCGCAGAGGACAUUACGGAAUUGUCGGAAGCGGUGUUGGAAAAGAAUCAGGAACGGGAGAUUCCGGUCGAGGUCGAGAUCGUCGAACUGACGACUAGCGUCAAGGAGAUCCUCCAAUUUCCGGAAAUCGAGGAAAUACCAGACUCGGGGAAGACCAGCGAGGUCGGUGAGACAGAGGAUAUCGUGGUGGAGCACAUCGACCUGAUACGCGAGGCAAAGGAGUUGCCUCACCAGGCCCGUUCCAAAAUAGGCAACCGUCAGACGGCCACGUCGAGCGGCUCCGCCGACGACGACUCGGAGAGCAAUACCGACACUGACAGUUAUCCGGAGGAGCAGCCCACCUACACGAAGCUCGAGGAGAUUGAUCUACUCUCGAGCAUCGGCCGUGAUAUCGGGGUCGAUCUCGAGAAGUACGUGCAACCGGUACCAGACGUGGUCGCUAUGGAGGCACUGGAUCCUAUUCACUCGUCCACGCGAUCCUCUGUUCCCACGAGCAAUAUGACGAAAGACGACAUGCAAGAUACGAACAAACUAUUGGACCGUGAUCUUCCGGAAGCAUCGGGCGCGGAUACCAAGAAGAAAGAAAAAAUGGUCAGGAAUCAAGCGAAACGCAGACAACAGCAGCAACAGCAACAGCAACAGUUGCAACAGUUAAGAGCGGCGAAUCCACAGAAACGUCCGGACAAGAGAAGAGCUGAUGCAGACAAUGGACCAGGUGGCUUCGACGUCUACAAUAUCGAGACAGCGAUGCCAAAGAUCGAUCUGGAUGCGAUCGAAUCUCACCUGAGAGCUGCACGCGAAGAGGAACGACGAGAUGACGAUAAAGAGACCGACAAGGAACAGCCAAAGUCGGGAGGAACGACUUUAUUGCUACAGAAGCCCGACGAAACAAAAGAUCUUGAAAGGGAAGAUCUCGUUAUGCGAUUCGAUAGAGUAGUGCGGGGAGAACCGGAUGAAACUUUUCAGCGGCGAAACGAUCGCGAAGAGAUACGAAGGAGAUUGGCAAUGGGUCCAGACGCUGAAGACUUGCGCGCUGAACGCGGAAGAAAACCGAGUCUCCAGUCGCGGCUUCAAAGCGGGAUGAAUCUGCAGAUCUGCUUCAUGAACGAAACACCCUCGGACACGGAGUCUCCGUGUUCAGAGAACGAUAUAUCCCCUGGAUCCACGCCGAGUCCACUGAACUCGAAGCAACAACAAAAACAACAAAUGCCAGUCAGACCUCAAGUGCUAAGCCUUCCACCUUUGAGACUGGAUAGCGGCUUGAAUUCAGCACCGAUCGACGAGGCCGACUUCUUCGCCAGACAGGCCAGAUUGCAAACCGAGGCACGGAUGGCCCUGGCACAAGCCAAAGAAAUGGCGCAUAUGCAGAUGGAGGUGGAGAGGCAAAGGCUAAAACAAAGUCCCAUCACCGAGAUGGUGCGAUCUAGCCUCGAAAAAGUUGGCGUUCAGCUGGGUGAGGAUAGGCGCAGAUUGUCCCGAGUACUUUUAACGGAGCUAAAUGUCGCGCAACUUCAAGUAGUCGCGAACGAUUUGCAUGCAAGAAUCGCUGCCCUGAACGAGGCUCUGGUCGAAGGACUUUUGAGAAGAGACGACUUACACAUGGAACAAGAUUCGAUGCUCGUCGACGUCGAAGAUCUCACUCGAUAUCUCUUCUGCUGCGUUCACAUGCACAGAGGUGCCAAGCAGGAGUCACUGAAGAAAAAGCAGAACGCGAGGGAGCAGCAAACGACGAGCAGAAGUCAUCAGCAAGUAAACGUAGGGCAGAACAAGUCGUCGAUGAAGCCAAAGCUUACGCACCGCGGUCUAGUCUCGUUGGUAAGAAAAUAAUGCCUCGCCACGAGACUGCGUAGUCUCGUUGGCAAUUAAGCGGGAAUUAAGGAAUUACUAUUUAUCUGGUACAUAGAACAACAUCCGGAGAACACGAAUACGUUAGAUUAGAUCUGUUCGAUUCGACGUUCGAGCUCUAGCUCGAGAAUGAUACUGAUCUGGACGAGAUGCGAUAUGAAUUGCGCCGCGUUCGACGGACAACCGAAAUUCCGAUUGCGAUUCCGACGUCGAUGCUCGGAUUCCCUCUUCCAUUUGGAAGAACAACCAGAAAUUGUAUUACGAAGAGAAAGAGAAACGAAUGUUUCGAUGCAACGGUAGAAAAACGAGUAGUUUUCUCUUAUCGCGCGGGAAAAGAAGUUAUAGCAAGCAAAUACAAUCGUUCUCUUCUUCCUUAACGGAGAUUCAAAGAUAUACCGUAGUAUAGUAUCGCAACGAAGAAUCCUCUUUUUCCCUGUUUGAUAAAUGUGUUUUCGACAGGGAAGAGGAGCAUCUUUUUCCAAAGUUUUUACAGCUUUGCCGUUAUCAGCAUAAAAGCUAGAGUAAUAUGUAAAUACGUACACCUCCGUUCGUAAUUAUAUAUACCUAUGUACAUAUUAAUACAUUUACGGAUAAUAAGGUAAAUCCAAAGAAUUAUUAGAAAACUAUUUUUUUCUCAUCCAUGCAUGCCACGCAUGCAUCUUUCAAUCGUUACCUAAACUUUAAUUCAAUCGAUUCCAAUAUUUAUAUUAUUAUUCCUUUUAUCAUUGUUAUCUGUUGUUAUCUGUUGUUAUUUGGUUGUACGCGUUAUUAAUUCCGGUAAUUCCACAAACCGGAUUUAGACUUUGACAAACUUCCCUCAAUUAUCUACUUCUCAAAUCGUCUCAAAUUUGUUCAAUCGGUGAUUCAUCGAGACCAACAUAUCGCUUCUUGACGUUAGCGACCUAUCACACAACUUGGAAAUUAAAAAUUGUUUGUAACUUCGGUUCAUCAGUUUGCACCAUGUCAUAAACGUUACGCACAUGUGUUACGUUUACAUUACGUUUUCUACAUUUAUAUUUACGUAUUUCUGUACGAUAGUUUCGUAAGACCUUGUUAUUUCUAUUCGAUGCUGUUACAACGUGACUAAACUAAAUUUUUGCUCUACGGGCUAUUCUUUCUUUCUUUUUCGUGCCACUAUCCGCGUCGAUAAGCGAUAUGGUAAUUCGUCGUAUAUUGAAAUGUCGAAGAUUUCCAAAUAAUUUUAUAGCUUUCUCGUAUGUUUUAUAACCACGCAAUGUCUUAUUAUGUAACGUUUGAUUCCUUAUUAUUCUUUCACGAAUACACAAUACUGAUCGGUUAAUCAUUUCCUUGACUAAUUGACUAAUUGACUAAUUGAAUUAUCGUGUUUUAUACAAAAUCAUUAGGUAUUCUAAUAUUUAUGAACGGGGAUACAUGUACGUGCAUAUAACAUACAUAGCCAGAAAAAAUAGCAACGAGCAACAAAUUCCCUUAGUUAAUCCACCUAUCUUAUGUUCGAUGCAGACAAACGAUACAUUACACGUAGUUGCAAUCGCAUUCUGUACGGUUCGACAGCUUCGUACAUACAUAUACGUAUGUUUUCAAUGUUUUUUCAAUGUGGUUUCAAUGGUGACUGGAUUCUCAACCGAUGAAUCGCGACUUCUUACAAAAGUACAAAUUGUCUUUUGCAGGACUUCGUCCAGCGUGAUUAUUUUUUUUAGUUUUAUGAAACUUGCUUCUAAAAACAAUUUCGCCACAAUGAUUUUCAGAGUAUUUCAGAUUUAUCGUAAGUACGGGUUCUAUCAUCUAAUUGUAAACAAUGAUAUUUAUUAUCAUUAUUAUCAUUAUUAUCAUUAUUGUCAUUAUUGUCAUUAUUGUCAUUAUUGUCAUUAUUACAUAUAUUAUUAUGGCAUGCUGGAUCCAUAGUCGAUCACGAAUCGUGUUCUGAAUCGAUUCUACUACGGGCAAUCCGUCAAUAUGCCAUUCUCUGUUUUCUAGCUCCUGUCUGUUGCAUAUAGCAUUUGUUCUGUAAGUUAACCGAUUCCCUGGCCUUGCUAUUGUCCGUUCCUAUCUUCUUGCUAGCGUCAUUUAAUCUCGUCGUUUAAUCACUAGUGGCAAUUUGGUAUUUAGGUAGUUGGCUUUUCCUAUUUUCCUUGUAUUUUUGAUACAUAUGUGGGUAAAUUGUCUUUGCGGAAGAGUUUCUCUGGUACUCGUUACUAAUUACAUGGCUUAAUUUGGCUGCUGUUGCCGAGUUAUUAAUUCCAUAUCCACGGUUAUCCAGUUUGCCUUUCUUUAUUUCAGCGAACCAGUUUCUUUUCGGGUCUCGGUGUUUCUCUGUCCCAUUUUUUCGGCAAUUCUUCGAGCAUCUACUUUUAGGUACCCUAUGUUCAUCCAUGUUCGUUAGUUUUGUCCAGUAUUUUAACGUUUCAACCCCCUCCCAACCCCGCCGCCUCUUUUCAACGUUCGAUGCUCCAAGUGCAUUCUUCCAGUUCCUAACCUCAACAUACUAGGUGCAUCCUGAUGCGCUACGAGAUACAGUUGACACACUUUUCAGGAGACUCGAUUGCACUCGUUCCAUUUUCGUAUUAAUUUCAUAUUUCGCGUAGCUUUACUACCGUGUCCCAGCUAUUAUAUUUUGCCGUUACUAAUGGUUUCCAGAUCGUGCCUGCUGCGACUUUUGUCAGAGUUGUAAAAUGUUUUAUCGCCGUAUGAAACGUGGCUAACUUUGACAAUGGUUAACUUAUUCUUAUUACUUAGGUGUAUAGACGUCUACCUCUUCUACAUUUUGGCCUUCGUAUUUCGUUUUCGUUUUUCUGCUUCCUACUUUUUCAUUUGUUCUUCUGAAUACUAAUAUUUUAGUUUUCUCGUCGUUCACUUCGAAACUGUUUUCUCUAGAAUAGUUCCGUAGUGUGUGUUUCCAUUUUUUCUUCGCACAACUUGUGUCCACUAUUGACGAGGUAUUUGUCGAUGUCGGAUAACAUGAGAAUAUUUAUUACAUUGCCCCGUGAAAAAUGUCCUUUUAUGCAAACGUGACGAGGAAACCUCACAUGUACUUAUAUCGUAUAAAGAAUUUGGCACUUUUCAUGAUUUAUAGUAAUUAUUCAUUCUCAUUUGUUUGUAGCAGAUAGUAAAAUUGGAAAUGUAUUAUUCUCCAAUGUGGCGAAAGCAUAAUUCGACGCAUGGAGAAUAAUUCGUUUAAUAUUAAAUAGCAUCGAAUUAUAACAAAGAAUGGUUUUUAAAAAUUUGUUAACGCACGUUUUAUGAAAAUUCUCAUUCCCUCGCUUUUCUAUUAAUAUUUCACUAGCUUAAUCUUACGUAAUUUUAUAAUCAUUUGUAUCCAUGUAUAAAAUUGCCGAGUCGCACAGCGUCAUAAGUACAAAAUCACAAUGAGCGCGACGUUUCAUCGCCCGUUUGCAUCGCAGUUUGAUCGCCCUGGAUCGAAACGGAUGAAAUUGGAUCGUCUAUAUAGCCGGUACAUCCCUCCUUUUCUACUCUGGUUAAAACUUGUGGCCAUGCAUGCACGUGUUUGCCGAAUGUAUCGCCUUUAUAUAUACAUACAUGUAAUAGCGUUUUAAACGAUAGGCAGAUCUCUUCUCUGUGUUAUAAAUAAAGGACACGGGCCAGCUGCGAAGGCUCGAUCGAAUAGGCGAAUAUUUGCUCCUUCGUCGCUAACGUCGUCGCUACACGUACGAUGGAACACUGAUUCUUUGUUCUCCGCAGUCGAGCAUAUUUCUUUCUCUCUCGACGUCUUCCAAUCCCUUAAAUCGACUCAACCGACUGUUUCAUUAACGAAUUGAUAACGUUUUCUGGCGUUUACAGCGGAGAUCGUGAUAGAACGAUGACGAUAAAUGUCUUUGAAACCUGAAACUGAAACUGAAUUCUUGCUGCUCUACAAUCGAUUCACCGAAAUCUUACGGUAGAAAAAUAUCUUUGUUUUAUAAUAUUCAAUCGUUUCAAGAUUCGAAGCGUUGUCUCGUUUGUGCUAUUGACGUAAACACGGAUAGAACAUGGACGAGGGAAUUGGUAGAAAGAAGCGAAAGAAGAAACUUGGAGAAUCGUCAUCCGAUGGUAUUGGAUAUCGUACAACUUUCGGUGAGUUUGUUGUACCUGAGGAAGAUAUUCUUAUUUUUCAGCUGUACCGUUCAUCAAAGAUGCGUAAAAUAGGAGCACGAUCGUAACGCUAAGAACGUUCAGGCGACCGAUUCACAUUCGGUUCAGCUAAACCCGAGAUUCGGUUCUUCUGUAUACGAAAUUAUUGAUAAAGCGUACAUCGUAAAUUUACUUGGUAAGAAAAGACGAAACGCGAAUGAUGUUAGCCGAGCAUUGUUAAUUGUCACACAUGCGAAUAUACAUACGUGUGUAUAUAUGCUCGCAAUGUUUGAGAAAUUUAAGGUCAAAUUUAAGGUGAAAUAAUAAUAUGCCGAAGGAAAAGCAACAGAGAAGCAAGUACGAAUCCUACAAACGAUAUUUUUUUUUUUUUUUUUUCCUUAAAUCGCAAAAAUAUACGGGGUAUGCAUAUGUAUGUACGUAUGUAUAUGUCAUCAUAAAACGUUUAACCUUUGAUUGGUACAUGUAACGUUAAAUCGUUAAAACAUCGACCCAUAAGAGUGUUAGAUCAAGUUAUUUUAUUCUUAAGUAUUUCAUACGGAUUUAUAUCCUGUGUUUCGCGUUGAUAUUCGGGCAUCCUUUAAAAUGGAAUAACUUUUUCAAAAUUGGACCAAACAACUUGAGCUUUUUCACAAGCAAGAAGGAUCGGUUUACCGGAUAACGGGUAAAAAUAAUUUUGAAAAAAAUUUCUAUUGAUCGGAAUCGCGAAGAAUAUAGUCGUCGUAACGGCAACGUUUUACUUACGAUAUUUUUUUUAUUUAUCUGAGCCUGUAGCGGAAGUUACUGUGGCGGAAGUAGAUAAGAAGUAGAUAAGAAGUACGUUUCGUAGAUUCGUGUCACUUAUGCGUACUGAAAAUUUCAUGGAGAUCGAGCUACGAACGGUCAACGAUGGUGAAGAUCACAGUUUUUUCACAACUUUACACCUCCAACUGUAAUAAAUCGAAAGAUUCUUACAUCGUUUCGAUAUCUUUCGCUUGUGUCCCGCCAACCGGCUAAAAAAGUUGAUAACGUUAAAGGGUGCCCAUAUUAACGCAUGCUCGAUAUUAACGUGACUGUCUGUAACCAAAACUGAGAUAACCUUAAAAUUUCUGUCGUCGCUUAUAAACUAAUUCUAUCAGGUGAAAAUUAAGGAUGUUUAAAUUAACAAUAAUUUCUUUCGAUUUUCUUUCAUUCUCUAACGUUUUUGUCAUAAUUUAUACUCGUGUUCGAUAGAUCGAAAUGAAUUUUGAAUCAAAAGCAUGGACAAAUAAAAACUAUAGUAGAGAAUUGAUAUUACGUCAAAAUCGGAACAAGUGGCUCUCAUUUUCUUAUCUUGUAAUUCAUUUGCAAGUCAUAAACGUUAUAUAUAUUUCGUGCGAAAGAAGUGGCUACAAUCAUAUGUACAUACAUAUACGAGUACGUAAUGAUAAUUUUGUAAAAAGAAAAUCUCUGAAAACAUCGAAAAUAGCAUUAACGAUACAAAUAUUUUACCUGUAUCUAAAGGUAAAUUCGUGAGCGUACAUGAGAAAUAGCUGAGUACGUAUCUAUUUACAAGUACAUUAAACGAGGCACUAUCGACGCUUAUCUAAACGUAUUUCAGAGAUUUAACUACCUUUAAUCUCGCGCAAGUCACGACGUAUCUCAAAUAUAAUAAUUUAAAAUCUAUUAUUACUAUUAUUAUUAUGAUUAUUAUUAUUAUUGUUAUUAUUAUUAUUACUAUUAUUAUUAUUAUUAUUAUCAUCAUCAUCAUCAUCAUCAUCAUCAUCACCAUCAUCGUCAUCAUCGUCAUCGUCGUCGUCGUCGUCGUCGUCGUCGUCGUCGUCGUCGUCGUCGUCGUCGUCGUCGUCGUCGUCGUCGUCGUCGUCGUCGUCGUCGUCGUCGUCGUUGUCGUCGUCGUCGUCAUUAUCAUCAUCAUAUUAUUAUUGGUAUUAUUAUAAUUGGUCAUUAUUAGAUUAAAUGUAAUUUAUUACUAUUAAAUAAAAUAUAAAUAUUCCUGGUCAACCUGUCGAUGUUUAACGUCCUCGUGAAUUUUCACCAGACUUUUCUUAAUCGCUUUGUAUGUCGUGACGUUGCAUAGAACGAGGAAAAUGGUAAAAACGGGUGGACGGAAUCCAAUGACCCUGAAAAAGAUGAAAUAGCGUGCAAGCUAUUAAACUCCGUAUCAGGAUAGCACGUUUUUUUAAAUCUUUUCUUUGUAUUCUCCGAUGGUAGUCAACGAAUAGAGUCGAGACAUAACAGUUUGGAGCUCUUGCGAUUAGUCUACCGUAUGUAUGGCUUACUCUAUCUUAUGCAUGAGAGACAAACGCUUUAAAGCGUUUAUCUUUGUUGACACCGUUGUAUGAUCUUUGUGGUGUGGUUGCGAUAUUGGUCCGGCUAUAUGCGUGCGUAAAUAUUUUUCCGGUCGACAGAAGACGAUCGUUUUUAUUGUUAACCCUUAUGUAAAAUGAUAUUUGCCAAAUCGAUUUAUCCAUUGAUGAAAACUUUUGAACUGGCGUAUCCCUAAACUCGAUACCACUAUAUUCGCUACAUUCGACUCUGUUCAUCGAAUGCGAUUAGAAAAUACAGAAACUGUUUAAAAAAUAGCGGUGCUCGGAAACGAAUUUUAUCCUCCUUUUAUUGUUUUUCUCGUUAUAUACACGACACAACGUAUUAAAUAUAAAAAAGAUUGGAAAUAUUUGAAUUUUUAAUUUUGAAAGAAGUGAGAAACCAUGAGAGUAUUAGACAUCGGCAGGUUCGACGUAUUUCCUCGUGACAUAUUUGGACAUGGUGAUAAAGUAAGCAUACGAUAUGGAAAAAAAUAAAAAUUGAAUAAUUAUGUUUGAUAUGGAUCGAUCAAAAACCUCGAUUGCUAGAUUUUUUAAGUGACGAUAAUAUUCAUCACGAAUAAUAUUAUUACACUAAAGGUAUAACAAUUUUUCUCAGGCAAUGGCAAUGUCAAAAGAAUUUUAAAAAAUGCUUCUUUGUCUGUUCAUAGAAAGUACUUACUCGGUAUAUGCAUACAUAUUGCUAGUUGAUCCUUGUUUGCAAAGUCUACGACGUGUCCGUUUGAAGAUAUUUAUUUUAAAAAAGUCAGGUUAAUCGCGACCUCCGAAGGGUCAAAGAAAUCAGAAUUAAAGAAUUUCAAGGGAAAGAUUCAUAUUUUCAGAUUUGUGCACUGUAAUGAACGUAAGUUUGUCGUUGUGUGUUUAAUAACGUGUAUUAAUGAAAAUCCAUACUUACUUCGGUAAUCGUUCAGAAAGCUGCCGCCAUCUUGGAUUUCGAUAAUUUUUUAAUAAAAAAUGAGAAAAUCAACAUUCUGAAUAACAUUUUCCUUUGCAUGUAAACGCCGUUCGAUCUUAGUUUCCGACAAAAAUAUCUGCAAAAAAUUGUCGAUACCACUACGGUGAAUUCUGCCUACGAUUGUAUCAAAUACCUGACUAUAUAAACUAUAUAAACUAUAUGAACAAAAGAUGGGAAUUAGGUUUGGGUUAAACGUUGUUUUGUCCGGCCGCUGUAAGCUCACCGACGCACAAUUAUAGGCAGAAUUCGCUGUAACGGUACCGACAGUUGUUUGCAAACGUCUCAGAAACGUAGGCCUUACACGUAUCGAAAGAUCAUCUAAAUACAAGAUGGCCGCACCUUUCUAAAUAAUUACCUUCACUUCUAUCGGUGUCUGAUUGUUUUCUUUCGUAUCGUAAUACAAUAUCAACGAUUGUGAACGUGGAAUUAAUCGCUUGUAGUUAUGUAUUUUCUUGAAUUAAUUAAGACUAUUCGAUUACUAAAUAUCUAAUUGCGUUUAAGAACAAUGAACCUCAGAUAGAACGGUUCUUGCUUCAGCCUUUGUAAAUUUGUUUAAUUAAGCCGCGAGCGACGAAAGAGAACGAAGAAUGCAUCGCAUAUAUUUUGAAUAUGAAAAACCUAUGAUCGAAUAGGCAAAAGAAAACGAUUAGUUCACGAACGUAAAAGCGUAUUCGAAUAAGAACAAACAACUAACUAUACCGAGUUUGAGACGAGAAAAAGACUCUGUUGUCGACCGCCCGUUAAUAUAACUUUAGACUUUAGCGAAAGCGUAAUCAAAAGUAUGUUCGUAUAAUCGUGCAAGUACUUGGAAACGGGUUAUCCAAGUUUUGCAUAAAACUAUUCACGUACUGAUUUACAUGUAUUCAUACAUUAAGGACUUAAAAAGGUAUCCAGGUACAGUAAGUUUAUUAAAGAGAACACAGAACAUAUGCAUUACCUGUCGAAUUUCGACGUUCUUUCAUAUUUACGCUAGCCUUGCGUGAUUUACUUAACAGAGGUAUGAAAAAUGAUUAUAUAAGCGAACAAGUAAACGACAAAUAAAUGACAGAACGUUUGAUCUCCGAGGAACGACGCGAUGUUAUUCACCCCUUCGAAACUGACAGUGAACUGAGAAUCUAAAAUGAUUUUUCUAAAUUAAAAGAAAUCAUACUUUUCCAAUUUUUCUAAAUUCCUAAUAACUACUUAGAGAGAAAGAGAACAAAAUUUGCUAACUUAAAGCGCCUUUUGCGCCCCUUACAAACAAAAUCUUUUAUUCGGAUUUUGCACCAGCGCAAUCAAAAUGUAAAAAUGCUCUUGCCGAUUGCAUAACAAUCGUUUGUGAAAAAAACGCGGUGACGAUCAAAUUGUCGAUCUCGAGGAAUAAUUAGAGGGUGGUCAACGCGUAUUCACUCUGCAAGAAGAUCCCUUUCGUCGUGAAAGGUCGACAAAGUGAAGCCGAGACAUCAUUUUGCUUUCUUCGCGCAUUGUAAACAAGUAAAGGCCGCUAAUCGGUCGUCUUCUAAUCAAAGAUCAAGUAUCCUUAGAAACUUGAAACAUGAUCAGGAAUGAAAUUUGCGAAAUUCAACGAGAGUUAAUAGAAGCAACUAUGAAGCUAACUGCAUGCAUUUGUUCGAAGAAAUAAUAUUAAAGAAAUUCUCGUUUAAUGUAAAUUAUGGUUAAAAUUAAUUUGCUACGAAUUAAAUAUCCACAAACGAUCUUUUCUAAAUUCAUUAGGAAAUAUUCGAACUGGAAAUGACUCGACGUACACGUAUUAACUGGUCGGCUGUUUGCAUAGGAAACAAAGAUAGAUUACAUCGUAAAACGGUUUAUCUCGAAAUUUUGAUUACAGGUAAAAUAAAGUCAUAAGAUUUAACAUAUACACAUGUAUAUAGAAAAUUGUACACAGUACGCAAAAGAGAUAUAGAAGAAGGUUUUACACAAAGCUCGAUACUCCCUAUUGUAUUAACAAUAAUGACAUUCGAUCAAAUUUAUCACUCAAAGAUUUUUGCACAUCCGUAAUAAUCUACAAACGGUGCUCCAGAUGAGGUAUUUUUAUUUCAACAAGACAAGAAAGGGAAAGAAAAA